CUGUGCGUGAGAGGGACGUUGGGGGCGGUGCCGCAGCAGUUGCCCCUGGUAACGGGGGAGGCAGCAAGAGGAGGAGGAGGUGGAGGAGGAGGUGGAGGAGGAGGGACUCGGCGGGAGGAUGGGCUUACUCUCAAUUUUGCGCAAAUUGAAAAGUGCACCAGACCAGGAGGUGAGAAUCCUUCUCCUGGGCUUGGAUAAUGCUGGCAAGACCACUCUUCUGAAGCAGCUUGCAUCUGAAGACAUCAGCCACAUCACACCUACACAGGGCUUUAACAUCAAAAGUGUACAAUCACAAGGUUUUAAACUGAAUGUAUGGGACAUUGGUGGACAGAGAAAAAUCAGACCAUACUGGAGGAAUUAUUUUGAAAACACUGAUAUUCUGAUAUAUGUAAUUGACAGUGCAGACAGAAAAAGAUUUGAAGAGACGGGUCAGGAACUAGCUGAAUUACUGGAGGAAGAAAAGCUAAGUUGUGUGCCAGUGCUCAUCUUUGCUAACAAGCAGGAUCUGCUCACGGCGGCCCCUGCCUCUGAAAUUGCAGAAGGACUGAAUCUGCACACCAUCCGCGACCGAGUCUGGCAGAUCCAGUCUUGCUCAGCUCUCACAGGAGAGGGCGUUCAGGACGGCAUGAACUGGGUCUGCAAAAAUGUCAAUGCAAAGAAGAAAUAAAAUCUAGACGAAUGGAGAUGCAGGAGCUGCGGGAGCUGAAUUCUGUCCUGAAAAACACUAAUUUGCUGCUUUCUGACCAAAUGUUUUUCCAUCUGUGUACAGCUACAGCUGUGUGAAGAGAGGGAACAACACAGUUUAAAAAGAAUCCCCAUUCCAGCAGUAGAUUUAACUGAUCUCUGAGGUUCAGUAUCAUUUUUCAAAUAAAGGAAUUAUAUUAUUUCCUCUGCAUAA